CCCCAAAUCAUUAGAAGACAAUGACCAAACCCUCUGUGAAGUGGAUUAUUUCCAGGUACUUUUCCAGAACAGGAAAGUAUUCAGGUUGCUUUAAAUCAGUGGCCCUCACCCCUGAUGGUGUAGUAGGAUAACCAGUGGAGUUUUCAAGACAAAAACUUGACUUCCUGGGCCUUACACCCAGAGAUUCUGAUUUACUUGUUCUUAGGUAGGACCUAAGAAUUUUUAAAAGUUCAUGAGUAGGUGGAGUUGAGAGUGCAUUGUAUAAAGAGAGGGAGACAAUUGGGACCAAGCCCUGGCCACUUUAUCUUCAACGUCGUUUCAGUUACUUGUACAGUUCAUUGUCCUUUUCCUAGUCAGUGACCUGGAUUCCUUUCAGUCUUGGAACCCCAGGCAAGGAUAAAGGGGGUCAACAGAGCAGGUCACAGAUGGGAGAACGGACCAGGGCAGCUGCCUUUGUGUCUCAUGUCAGGAGUCAACCCUGUUACGAGUCCAAGAUCAUACUGCUGUCCUCACUACAGGUCAAUGAAUUGAGACACCAAUUGUUGGGGCAAAGAAUGAUGACUUUGUUCAAAAGUCUGCAGACUGAGACUUUUGACGCAUAUCCCAAAAAGCCAUCUUGCCUGAGUUAGACUUCAGGCUUCUUUUAUACUAAAAGGAGAGGAAGCAAAGUCAAACAUUUCCUGAUUCUGGUCAGCCGCCAGAGGGGAUAUGUUAAUUUCUUCCUCCCUAAAAGGAACCCUUUCCAAACCAUUUCCUACUGUGCCUCCUCUGUCAGGUUCAAGUGACGGUUAACAGUUAACACCAGCAACAAAUCAACAACUGAACAGCCCAGUUUCACAGCUCAGAUAAAAAGAGCAAUUUCCUACAGACUUGCCAGGGUGCAGGCCCAGCUCCUCAGAGCAGAGAGAAGAGGUGGCUCUGGGCCUGGGGCUCCCCUUGCAUGUUGGAGUCCUAGGUGUCAGGAAUGGGUGUGGAGUUAGAAUGCUCAAGGCUUAUGUGAGCUCUGCGCCGAGCUGCUCUGAAUGACUGAUUCAGGCCCAUAACACCAUGAAGAUUAAUAUUAAAAUCGGAAGUUUGUAUCUUUUGCUGGGUAUUGGAGAUUGACUGUAAUGGCAACGGAAUUUAUAAAGAGUUGUUGUAGAGGAUGUUUCUAUGGUGGAAGAGAAAAACACAACUUAUCUGUGGAAAGAGACUUCAAAGCAGCAGUAUCACACAGUCAAAAUACUACUAUCUCUAUACCCCCAUUGACUUCUGUUUCUGUAAAGCCUCAGGUUGGCUGUUCUGAGGAUUAUUUACUUUCCAAGUUACCAUCUGAUGGCAAAGAAGUACCAUUUGUGGUGCCCAGGUUUAAGUUAUCUUAUAUUCAGCCCAGGACUCAAGGAACUCCUUCACAGUUGGAAGAACUAGAAGGAUCUGCCAGAGCAUCUUUUGGAGAUAGAAAGGCAGAACUUUCCAGUUCAGCCCAGCAUGGACCCAGCUAUGAUGUAUAUAACCCAUUCUAUAAGUACCAGCAUGUGUCACCUGAUUUGAGUCGGCGCUUUCCUCCUCGUUCUGAAGCAACAAGACUAUAUGGAUCAGUUUGUGACUUAAGGACCAACAGACUUCCCAGUCCCCCUGGGCUAAGCAAGUCUAUGUUUGAUCUUACAAGUUCAUCUCAGCAGUUCAUUCAGAGACAUGAUUCAUUGUCCAGUGUGCCUAGUAGUUCUUCUUCGAGGAAAAAUUCUCAGGGGAGUAACAGAAGCCUGGACACAAUUACUCUAUCAGGAGAUGAAAGAGACUGGGGGAGAUUAAAUGUGAAAGUGUUUUAUAAUUCUUCAGUAGAACAGAUCUGGAUCACAGUUUUACAGUGCAGAGAUUUAAGUUGGCCCUCUAGGUAUGGAGAUACUCCUACUAUUUCUGUAAAAGGAAUACUAACAUUGCCCAAACCAGUGCAUUUCAAAUCUUCAGUCAAGGAAGGCUCUAAUAAUAUUGAAUUUAUGGAAACUUUUGUAUUUUCUAUUAAACUCCAAAGUCUACAAACUGUGAGACUUGUAUUUAAGAUUCAAACCCAAACUCCCAGGAAGAAAACCAUUGGAGAAUGCUCACUGUCACUCAGAACUCUUAGCACACAGGAAAUGGAUUACUCUCUGGACAUAUCACCACCUUCAAAAGUUUCUGUUUGCCAUGCAGAACUUGAACUGGGGACUUGUUUUCAAGCAGUGAAUAGCAGAAUUCAGUUACAAAUUCUUGAGGCACAGUACCUUCCAAGUUCAUCAACACCCCUAACUUUGAGUUUUUUUGUGAAAGUGGCAAUGUUUAGCUCGGGAGAGUUGAUUUAUAAGAAGAAGACACGCUUACUGAAGGCCUCCAAUGGAAGAGUAAAGUGGGGAGAGACUAUGAUUUUUCCACUUAUACAGAGUGAAAAAGAAAUUAUUUUUCUCAUUAAGCUUUAUAGUCGAAGCUCUGUAGGAAGAAGACACUUUGUGGGACAGAUUUGGAUAAGUGAAGACAGUAAUAACACUGAAGCAGUGAGCCAGUGGAAAGAGACAGUCACACAUCCAGAAAAGGUUGUUAUUAAGUGGCACAAAUUAAAUCCAUCUUGAAGAUGCCGCACAUUAAUUUGGUGACAAACUUGACAUUCUUUUCGAAGACUUAUGAUUUUAAUUUGCUACCAAUUUAAAGAGACAAAUCAGUACAUUUGUUAAUUUAUUUAUGGAUUACAUUAUUAAUUACAUAUUAUAGUAAUAUAAUGGAUCUAAUAGAAAAAUUAAACUUGGUAAAAAAUGGGAUGAAUUGUAUCAGAUAUCCAAAGUAAAGGAAAUGUUUUAGACAGUAGGGCAACUAAAUAAAUUAUAAAGUCAGUAGGAAUAUCAGUCAUAGAUAGUUACUGCUAUAUAAUGGUUAUGAGUAUUUUAAAGCUUUACAUAGAUAUUAAAAAUCCAGUAUAUCAAGUCUCUGUUAGUACAAGUGGACAUAUAGAAGACUGCCACUGUUUCAGUGUUAGUCAUUAUUGAUUAUAUCUUAACUCUACUGUUUUAACUCCUUGCUACAUAUUUUCCCUCAGAAAGCAAAAAUGAAUUGAACCACUUCAACUCUUCUUAUUUGGGGAAAGUUUGUGGCCUAUGUUUACCAUUAUUUACCCAUAAGUUGUCACAUUGCGACUUUAUAAGCUAUUUAUCUCUAAGAAAUCUCAGAUAUAGAAAACUACAUUUUGGCAAGAGUAGAAUAAACAAAAACACCAGAAGGUUGAAGUUUAAUUGGAAAUUCAGUGUACACACAUUUUUCUGUAAGGUUAUCAUCCAUAUAGCCCAUCCUAAUUAGCAGAAUUAAAUGAGCUAAUUUAAAUAACAAAUUCAAUAUUUUAUGAUAAUCACUUAUUUGUUUUUAGUUUUUUAAAUAUAAAUUACUUGU